UCUCACUCGCUCAUUUUCCCAAAUCCAUCCACUUCCAUUCUUUUGCCCCUCGUGGCCCCAAUAUCCUGUUGAAUUUGCUCUCAAAUUAUCUACUCCCACAAUAACAGCGCUUCUUCGCAGCUACGUACGUUCAGCAUGCAAUCGUCAACAUCGAACCUCAUUGUGCCGGAGGCCAGUGAUGUCUCUACCUAUGGUGAUUUUAUAGACCCCGAUGAUUACGAUAUUCUUGAGCAUUAUUCCGAGAACAUGGAUGAGCAUGAGUAUUAUCCCAUCUGCCCCGGAGAAAUUGUUGAAAAGAGAUAUCGUGUCGUGCAUAAAUUAGGUCAUGGGGCCUUUUCUACAGUCUGGCUAGCGCAUGAUCUUCAAAAGAAAGUCGAUGUUGCUCUAAAAAUUAUGACUGCUGACUGCGAAUGGAAUCAUGAAUUUCGCAUGCAAAAUGAAAUUAUUCGACAUCUUAAGGAUACCGAUACCUCAAAUCUUCUUUUGUAUCAGGAUACUUUCUCUCUACCAGGUCGUGAUCGCGAUCGCGAUCAUCGCGUCCUCGUCUUCCCCGUGCGGGGUCCCAGUCUAAGCUCACCUCACACAGACAGAAUGUCAAUGGCUACUCGCAUGUCCGCUGCUAAGCAGCUGUUAAAAGCCCUAGAGUCUCUCCACAGGUGCGGAAUUAUUCAUGGGGACGUGAGCGGUGGGAAUGUUUUGUGGGAUAUGGUCCCUCUGGACAAGUACAACACAGCUACGAAAUACAAAUAUCUCGGUCGACCCAAAAAGGCAGCUCUACAACCCGGAGCUUGGAAAGCCGGAGAGCUUGUCAGUGAAGCAAAGAUACCUCAAUCUUUGCUGAGAGCAAAAGUAUAUCUCAGUGACUUUGACCUUGCAACAGAUGCCAAUAAUCAGAUCAUGAAUAAGUGGCGGCCGACCUGGGGAUACUGUGCUCCUGAAAGAAUGCAUAAGUUUCCAGCCAGCUUUGCCGGUGAUAUGUGGGGUUAUAUGUGUAUCUUUAUGAGCUUAUAUUUUCGACAUUCGAUAUUUGAUCGGGGCCUUGAUGCCAUAGUUACUGCUCUUGGCCCGAUGCCUAAGGAGUGGAAAGGCUUGAAAGAGAAACCAGAAGACGAGUGGUAUGAUCAGAAUAUGAGAGUUGAUACUAAGGAAGUAUUGGAACGGAUGUUCAAACUCGAACUUGCUGACGUGAGUACAGCUGAGCGAGGUCAUAUAAUAUCCAUUAUUCUGGCAGUGCUUCGCUAUCGUCCGGGGGAACGCCUUACUGCUACUCAGCUUCUCCAUCAUCCUUCAUUCAAAGCGGUGAUGAAUAUGUACUGCCCCUAGCAUCUAUGUAUUACAUACAUGCAUGACAUAUAUAAUUUUGUUGCCCUGUUCUUCUUGCAACAUUUUCCUCUAUUAUGUUCUAGCUUGUAUUCUCUUAUUAGUUAAUGAAAUUACAAUAAACCAAAAAGGCAAGUGA